GCCCAUGCUAAGUGGCCACAUGCCUCGGUUUGUGGCAAGCAGUCACGAUGACAUUUGGCUACGCUGGCUGCGGAUUCUGUAUGUGCGUCUCCUGGAGAAUCACAAUGUACUCGUCGUCCGCUGGACACUCGAAUACUUUCUAAUGUACUUCACCAUCAAUGAGCUGCGUCGCGUGAACUUAUUAAAUCAAUUCCUCGAUGCCAUCAAUAAAACUGAGCUCUACGAUGCCGAGGAUUACUUUCUGCCUGAGCUGAACAUUAAGACUUUUGUCCAGAAUAGUGGUACAUUGCAGUUCCUCGAGGCAUUGGUGAUGGUGCCCUGGCAGAGCUUGCCCCUGCUUCACUGGCUGCGUAGCAUGCAACCACGACAGCCGCAUAUUGCCAAGAGUCUGCUACUGAAAAUCUGUGAACGCAUCAAGUCCUUGCAGCAUGAAAACUUGCGCUAUGAAGCCCAGAACCGUAUGUUCGAUAUAUUUGAACCCACAAUCGAGAGUUUGUCUCUUGGCGAUUAUAUACAGUUCAUAAAGGCGCUUUGCGAUAGCUUUUGCAGAGAUCACAAGCGUUUCACAGCAAAAAUAGCAAGUUGCACUAAUUUUACGGAUGAAUUGGUUUAUUUCGACAAGUCCUUGUUCAUGAUGAUCUUUCGCACAGAUGUCAAUAUUGGAAUUGAGCUGCACAAACAAUUUAGUCAAUUGCCUAGGACUCAACAUGGUUGGUGGCGUCUCUUCUCGUUCUUUUUCAGCUUGAAGCUCGAGUGUGCUACUGAAAGAAUGGAGAUUCUCGACUUUUAUCGGACGGAAUAUGACUUGGAUAUAGGGUUGAUUGAAAAAAUGACAAAUCUUUAUAAUUUACAACAAUAUCUGCUUGAGAAACUGAAAUGUGAAUCCGAAGAAGAAAUUUCUUUUGUACUGCAUCGAAGUGUCGAUUGGUUUACUUGUGAAAAACUUCUAAAAUGGACUCAAAUCGAGGAACUCAACUUAAGGCCACAUGAGUUACUCAGUCAAGGUACUAUCUUAACUGCUCAGCGUGUGUCAACGUUGCUAAACGAUGUGGAAAUUAGACUGAAGGAUGAGAGCAUACUUAAGGUAUUAAUGACCUUCUUGAAGCAAUAUCCGGAUAGUGUUCUAGUCGCCACGGGACUUGUAAAAUACGCAGCUGUUUUUUUGCCGAAAGAGGAAAGUGAACAGAUCUUGAGUGAUGUGCUUGAAACCAGUCAUUUUUUAAAUAUCAACGUCUUAUGCUGUACGAAGAGUGUUCCGAUAUCUCUGAUAAUACGAGGAAUACUGUCGGGCAGUCCCUUAUCUGGUGAAAUGUGUAUCGAGUAUGGUUACCUGAUCAAUCAGUAUAAUUACUUUUUUACAAGCUGUCGAAAACGAGAUAGCUAUAUAAAUUUUGUUAUCGAUCGCAAAACGGACAUAAACGCGAUACUCGAUGAACUUGUGCGCAUAAAUAAUGAGAUGGUGGAAAAUAAACCGAGCUACGUAGAAAAUUCCAAGGAUCAUCGAAUUAAAAUGCGUAUUGGCAGAGCCUUGCUAAGGAUAACAUUCAAGAAUCCUAGCUAUUGGUCCGAUCAAUUAUGGGACGCAUUGCUCGCAUUAAACGAGCAUGAGAAUAUCAAAUAUAUGUACGAAUGUCUAGUUGCCCGAUGUUUGCCCUGUGUGGAUAUGUUGUUGAAUCGCCUGAAUCAGUUAGAUGGUCUUGAGUCCUGCCAGCAGUUAUCCUUUAUCUCAGUACUGCACAUCUACUGUCUGAGCAAAUAUAAUCACAUUAAGCUAGAACAACUCCAGAGGAUCAUCGAUCUGUUAUUGCCCCAAACGAUGUCCAAAGAUUUCGAAAUUCGUCUUUUCACUCAAUUGGUUUUGCAUAGGUUGCUGCAACAGUUCGAGGAUAGCAACAUUAAGAUUCCUGGUGUUAUUAAUAUGAAGAAUGCCAUUGAAGGUAAUUUGGCCGAUAAACUGCAGGAAUAUCAGGAUGAAGGUCGCCUUUUACUACCAAAGAUAUGUUAUCAGACUCCAGAUGGUCUACAAGCAGCCGAUUUCAUAUUAUAUAUGACAUAUGCGCCAUGUGAUGAAUACUUUGCCGAUUCCCUGCGGCCCAAUAUAAAACUAAAGUCCGAACUGGCCAAGUACAGAAGUAUUCUUAAGGACAAAGGUCUACCGACGUAGUCCACAGCUGGAACCUUCUAUCAUUGACUCUCUAUUCAACAUACAUUAAAACUUUAGGCUUGAUAUUGAACAGUG